GUAGAAGGCCGUCGGCUGGCACCGCCGUAUCCUUAAGACCUCGCUUUUCUGCUCCGGCGUGUAGCUCCUAUCCUGAUUUCCCUGGUUGUGGUCCCGCGAUUUCGCGGCCCCGUUGGGCUUCGCAUCAGACCCGGACGCCGUCGCUGCGGGCAUGAUCGUGGUGGUGUGGGAGCAGCAGCUGUCGAUGGAGCUUGGGAUGGGAUGGAGCGAUGCUCUCGCGGGUUCGCAGCGUGGUCGUUGUAUUUUGGUGUUUUUGUAGGCCAGAUAAUGCUUCUUAGACCAAUGCGGGUGAUAAGCUCGAGCGUCACGUGCUGCUGGCGUCAAUGACGAUUUUGGGCUUGCACAAUUUGAGGAUGUGUUGCAAAACCAAUUGACGCUGAUGCUUUUAUAAAAAUGUCGUCUACAGAUAAAGCAGCUCAAGAUGCUAAGAGGACAGCAAUUUCGUACGCUACAGAUUGGGGCAAAUCACCCCUCCCCCCAACCCUCCUCGCAACCCUGAUAACCGCCCUGCACGCACGCCCCUUCCAACCACUCCCCAUGCUCUUCCCCAGCGUCCUGCUCUUCAGCACCUACCUUAACCUCUCAUCCUACGUCGUUGACUCUGCCGGCAUCACGGCUGCCUGGUCCGGUCUCUACCUCUUGAUGGCGCGCAGGAGAACGGGGUAUAUGGGAAAGACGUUCACUGCGAGGUUGGGGAGCAAGUAUGGGGCGAGGGGACUGACGAGGGGUGCGGCUAUGGUGCUUGCUGGGGCGAAUUUGGUGGGAGGUGGGGUUACUUAUGCGUUUGGGAAGGGGGGAAAAGAGGAGGAUAGAAGUGUUUAGCUAGGAGGGCUUUGGGUGAUGGAUGGGGUAGGAUGAGGGGGGUAUUGAAGUUUUGUGGCCGGUGAUGCGUCAACGAAUUUUAUAACUCUCACGGACGGAGGGAUGUAUGAGUAUAUUUGAGCCUUGAGCCGUAAUACUAUAGAGGGGUGGAUGAAAAGCUAGUGUUCGGGAUGUACGAUAGGUGAAGGGUUGGGAAAAUGUACAUAGCAUAUGUGAUC